AUGGAAGAGGAGCCAGAGAGAAAGAAUUUACUGGUUUUACCUAGCUUUGAAAAAGAACCUAAUGCAAGUAGCUGUGAUGGAACUAAAUAUUUAAACACUUAUGUAGGAGAUAAGGAGAAAUUAAAUGAAUUUACGGUACUUUGUGUUCCUGACAAAACAGAUGUUGAGUCUCCUGAUAUCUAUGAAUCUGUUAAUAAUUUACAAUCAGUUUCGCCAAUGUUUAAAAAUGAUCCAGUUUUAUUUAUGAAUAAAUCAAUCACACCUGGAUUGAAGUUAAUUCAAUUAGAAAUGGGUCCAUGCCAACCAGUUGCUACCGAUUUACCCAAUGGUAAAUUUCCUAAAGAUGAAUCAAAUCCACCACGUUCGUUUUCAACAUCAUAUUAUACAAAGUUGGUUAAUGGAAAGUCUGAACAUCGAUCGUGGAUUACAUACUCGCCUUCAAUGAAUAGAAUUUAUUGCUGGACAUGCAAACUGUUUGGUUCUAUUAGAGCUCAAAAAAACUCUUUUGUCACUACAGGUUGCAAUUCAUGGGGACAUUUAGGUGGUUUAUAUGGUCAAAUUCAUUUACAUGAAACUUGUAAAGAUCACUUAGAAGCUGAAUUAAAUAAAAUAAUGUACAUAAAUAAUAAUCGUGUUGAUAUUCAGUUAAUGAAUUCUAAUAAUAAGCAUGUUGCAAUGAAUAGAGCAGUUGUGCAUGUAUUAAUGGAUAUAGUGUUAUGUUUAUCCAAACAUAAUGAUGCAUUCAGAGGCCAUACUGAGUGUUUAACUAAUGGUAAAAGUGGAAAAUUUCUAGAUUGGGUCAACGUUUUUGCCAAACAUCAUACAAUUUUAGCUACACACUUGGAAAAUAUUAAAUCAUCAACAAAAAAACAAAGAUUGACAUUUCUAUCUAAAUCAUCACAAAAUUCUAUGCUCAACUGUAUUGCUGAAUCGAUCCGUGAAACUAUUUUAAAGGAAGUGAAAGCGGCUGGAAUGUAUUCACUUAUACUGGACUCUACAACGGAUGUGUCAAAGCUCGACCAAUUUGCUUUUGUAUUGAGAUAUUGUACAAACGAUGGGCUUAUAAAAGAGCGAUUAAUUUGUGUUGAUGAAACAGUAGAUUCAACUGGAAAUGGGAUGUAUGAGUUAUUUUGUAAAGUAUGUGACAAAUAUAAUUUAAAUUGGAGGCAUGAUCUGAUUGGACAAGCUUAUAACGGGGCAUCUAAUAUGCAAGGAGCUGUAAAAGGAUUACGCUCAUUAAUACAAAAUGAAAAUAAAAGUGCACUACAUAUAUGGUGUAGUGCACAUUGCUUAAAUUUAGCGGUUGUUGAUUGUUGUGAAGCAACUGAAUGUGCACAAGACUUUUUUGGUACAAUUAGUAGUUUGGUAACAUUUUUAGGUGCCAGAAAGAGAACCGCAACAUAUGUAGAGUUUCAAAAACAAUUAUAUAAAAACCAACGUAUUCGUAGGUUAAAAAGUUUUUCUGCUACGAGAUGGACAUACCAUGACCGUUCUUUAGAAGUUAUACAAAUGACUUAUAAAUCAAUUAUUUUAACAUUAAAAAAAAUUAGCCUUGAAGAAACUGACAAAAAAAACAGACAUUUCGCUAAUAGUUUUUUAAAGCAACUUAAUUCUUUUAAAUUUGUUCUUACAAUGCAUAUGAUGCGCAAUAUAUUCUCAAUUACUACACCUUUAUCAAAUUAUUUACAAAAUCCUGCCAUCGAUUUCAUUCAAGCAAUACAUUUAAUUAAAGUGACUCGACAACAAAUACAAGAUUUACGAGCAAUGAAAACUGAAUCUGUAUAUGAGAACCUAUUUACAGAAACAAAAUUAUUUUGUGAAGCACAAGACUUAGAGGAACAUGAUUUAGCAGAGGUGCGUACAUCUCACAAGAAAAGAAUGAGUGGAGAAAUAAGUAGUGAUGAAAGAAUAACUUCAGCAAAUUACCGCUAUGUAUGUGAAGUUUAUAGAUGUUCAUUGGAUGCAAUUUUAUCUAAACUAGAUGAUAGAUUUAGUGGUUCUGAAAAUAUCUUCAAAGAAUUUUCAUUACUACUACCUGAACGCUUAGAGUUAAACAAAGUCUCCCCAAAUAAAUUUGAUUACUUGGUAAACUGUGAUCAAAAUGAUACUGACAGUGAUGAUUCCGAAGAAACAAUACAUGUUACUGCCAUAUACUCGGCACUGUGUAAAAUGGGAAUGGUGUCAGCUUUUCCAAAUUUAUUCAUGGCUUAUAAGUGGAUUUGUACUUUGCUACCAAUAUCAGAAACUGCAGAACGAUGUUUUUCCAAGCUUAAACUCAUUAAAACAAAAUUACGCUCUACUGUUGGAGAAAAAAGGUUAGAUAAUUUAAUGUUAAUUUCUUGUAACCCUGAUAUAGAAGUAUCAAUUGAAGAUGCUAUUAAUAAAUUUGCUUCAACUUCCAGUGUUUUGCAAAAAGCAUUAAUGUUUGUAAUAUCAAGUUGCUUACUUGGUUAUUUAGAAUUCGUAUUAAAAGAAAAUGUAUCAAUCGCAUCUAAGUCAGAAGAUACAAAAAGUUUUGAUAAAGAUGUUCAAAUAUUGGAGAAUACAUCAAAUGACUUAACAUCUAUUGAAUCAUCAAAUGAUUUACAGAAUAAUAUAAAAUGUUCGGUUAAUGAAGAGUUUCCUAUGCACAAUAAUUGUAUUAGUAACAUUAAUAAUAGUUUAAAUACAGAAGUAGAAUAUGUCCAAAAUUAA